UAGCUCAGUAUUACGUUACCUGUUGCCGGUGAUCGACGUACUUCCAACGAGAAUGAUCGCUUUCGUGCUUCUGAUCGUGGCACUAGGAUGUUGCCUACGAUUCAUCGCUUUUCGCUACAAGCUCUAUCGUACCGUUGGCAAAGUACCGGGCCCUCCAGUCAACUUUAUAUUCGGCAACGCACUAGAAUUGAUGCGCUAUGACACUGGAGAACUUUUCGAUAAGCUUAUGGAGUACUUUUAUCGCUACGGAACGAUCGUUCGGCUAGACAUAUUGACCAAAUGCUGGAUGAUAUUCUCUUCACCAACCGACCUUGAGCGCAUCAUUUCGUCCAACGAGUACAAUCGCAAGUCGAACGAUUACGACAUUCUACAAGAAUGGCUGGGAAAUGGAAUCCUGCUCGAUCAUGGCAACAGCUGGUUCACGAAUCGGCGUGCUCUCACUGGAGCGUUUCAUUUCAAGAUUCUCGAUAGUUAUGUGCCUGUGUUCGAGGAGCAGGCGGAUGUGCUGGUGCGUAAGUUACUGGCCACUGCUGGUGAACCGGUGGAUAUCUUCCCCAUAGCUAAGCUGUACACACUUGACGUCAUCCUCGAGACAUCUAUGGGCGUGCAAUGUGAGGCGCAGAUUAAGGAUUCGGAAUACGUGCGUGCUGUCUCAAAUCUGAGUCAUAUAACAUUCUGGAGAAUGUAUAACCCACUCGGUUAUUCAGAUUGGACCUUUCGCUGGACUAAUUAUUACUCGGUGUACCGAAAGUCGCUACAGAUAAACAGAGAAUUCACUACGUCAGUCAUUAAGAAACGACGAGUUGAGCUGCUUGCUACUGCUUCGGACAAGGACAAACCAGAAAAGGGACGACUUUCGCUGUUGGACAUCUUGUUGCGAUCGGAUUUAACUGGUCGCCAGUUCACCGACCAGGAAGUUUACAGUCAAGUGAACAAUUUUAUGUUUGCGGGUCAUGACACUACAUCAAGUGCUAUCACCUUCAUUCUUUAUUGCUGUGCCAAAUAUCCUGAUGUACAACAGAGAGUGUACGAAGAAAUUAUUGCUGAGAUACCAACCGGAAAGCCGAUCGAUCAGCAAUGUAUCAACAACCUCAAGUAUCUCGAGCUCGUGAUCAAGGAAUCAUUGCGCAUGUUUCCUCCGGUUCCAUAUUAUUCCCGCUCGAUCGAUAAAGAAACGACGUUCAACGGUAUCCGAAUGCUGAAGGGAUCAAGCGUUGUUAUCGGUUUAUACAUGAUGCAUCACAAUCCAGAAUUUUUCCCACAGCCAGAGUUGUUUUUGCCCGAAAGGUUCACGCAAGCCGAGUCGCGUAACCCGUUCUCGUACAUUCCAUUCAGCGCCGGAAGUCGUAACUGCAUUGGUCAAAAAUUUGCUCUCAACGAGCUGAAAACAGUGAUGGCAAAGGUUUUACGUGAAUGUAAGGUGGAGUUAUCAGAGCCAGAUUUUGUGCCGAAGUUGAAAUUGGAGUUGAUUCUGAAGCCAGUUGACGGCAUCAAUCUACGUUUUAAUCCGAGAUAAACAGUAGGAUGAUAAUUAAUCUUAAGUAUUUUGAAACAAAUAAUCUUUGUUGUUCGGUUAGAAAGUGUUGUUCUGUCGAACCUUUUCUUGGUAACCAUUUUCAAGCUAUCUUUUCAUACGCCUUUAACAUGUCUCUGCACUAUCUCGCAUUUUAAAUCACUUUCACAAUAAUUCAGGGUCAGCUAUGACAAUGCUUCACUAGGAUAUACUGCUGGUGAUACCAGUGAUGCAACGGUUGUUCGGGCUAAGUCUAGGGCACUUAUCUUUUCUAUUAUUGUCAUGCAAAUAACAUUUACCUGUGAAAUACAAAUGGUAUUGAUAUUUAAUGUUUUAAUUGAUA